AUGAAGGACAUUUCUACAAUUUAUAAAUUAUCUGUUGUCGCUGCUAUCUGCUUCAUACAAGGUAAAUGCCCGGUGUUGGAGUGCUGGUUUGUGCAGGAGAAGGCGGGUCGAGGAGGAGGUUUAACUGGAGCUACGACUCAGGAAAAAUCACUUCUUCACAUCAGAACUGACGCAGGAAGCUCCAGUCCAGAGACUCAUCAGGCUCAUUCUGACAUCAACCCCAGCAGAGUCUACGUUAUCACAGACCCUGCAGCCACUCUCUGCCAUCAGUCUUUCAAAGCCCCCAAAGGCUCCGUCAAGAAGCCCCAGUGUGAGGUCAACCCCUUCCUGCCGCAGCCGUCCAGCCUCAGAUGGGUCUCUUCUCUGACAGAACCAGCGCUCAGCCCCAUCUACCUGCAAGCUGAUUGGUUCUCGGCGUCCUUUCAGGGCCUCGACGAGCAGCUGGGGGUUUCUACCAUCACACGAGCUCCGACAGGAUCCACAGAACAUGAAGUGAUCCUGAGCGUCACCAGUAAAACCAUGUCUGCCAAGACCAGACUCGGGGAACCCGUUACUCUGGACUGUGGCUUCUGGGCCGACUCCUCCUCACCUUUGUACACGUCAGGCUUUGCCGUGGAGUGGCGGUACCAGACCAGAGGAGACGGACGACUUGUCCUGGCUUAUGAUGGGAAGACGGACCGUUUGGCUGAUACACACGAGGAGGGGGUCACUCUGGACUUUGAGGGUUUGUACAAGAGAGGAAACGCCUCCCUGAUCCUGGAGGAGGCUAAAGUCCGUCACUCUGGGACGUACAUCUGCACCGUGUACCUGCCGUACCUGAUGGCUCAGGUGGCCAUGGACCUGGAGGUUGUAGAACCUCCAUCUCUCUCCAUCCACCCCUCCCCACUGCCCCUCGCCGUUCCGGGUCAGACCAUUAACAUCCACUGCGACGCGUCCGGCUUCGCCCCCCUCCAUCUGGAGCUGAGCUGGGAGUUUAAAGGUGCUGAUGGGAAGUCCAGGUCUCUGGGAGCAGGCAGCAUGUCGGGCCACAGGCAGGCCUGGGACCUCACUUACAGUCAGCGCACCCGGCUGGAGCUGGACACGUCCAAACUGGACCUGGGCCGAGGGGGGGAGGUCACCUGCGUGGCUGUUCACGCUGGAGGAACUCGACGGGCCAGCAUGACCCUCAGCAUCAUCGGGUUCAGCUCUCCCUCCAUCGAGGACUCCAUGGCGAUGGUUGGGGUGGCUCUGGUGCUCUACGGCCUCAUCAAGUUUGUUUCCUGGACUUUUACUGGAUCAGGCUCAGAUAAAACGGACGAACAAGAUAAGGUGAGCAAAUAA